ACAUUUGUGUAGGACCCCGCACCAGAAGAUUUGAUAUAAAGUUCGUUGGUCAAGUGUAAUGUCUAAGCAUUCGGUAGUGUUCUUUUGACGGUGCAACAGCGGGAGAACUUUAGAACUUAGUGAACCAAGUGAAUUGCAAUGCUUAGGCUAAGUGCUGUGUGUGUGGUUUUGGUGCUCGUAGGAGUGUCACUGGCCGAACCUCCGGCAUCCGGUGGAUAUCCGGAUCGUCGGAAUGGUGGUGGCGGUGGCGGCGGCGGCGGCGGUGGUUACCAGCAGGUCAACAGUGGCCAGCAGACUUCUGAGGGCCAAUCGGUGGAUCCUCAGCUGCUCGAUAUGGUGAAGAUGCUGUUGCUGCAGCACGAGAGUGAAUUCGCUAAUGGCGGUGGUGGUGGUGGCGGCGGUGCAGGAGGUCCAUACCCGUCGUCGAAUGGUGGUGGAGCUGGAGGUCCAUAUGGGUCCUAUGGACCACCAGCCGGAAGCAGUUCGCAGGGAGGUCGUGUGACCGGAAUUGAGCUGGAGAACCCACGGCAAAGCAUGCAGGUCGCCGAGUUCUGGCAAGGUGGUGCUGAACAAGGUGCUCCCAGUGGUCAAUACGGUGCCCCGGGCCAGGGUGCCCCAAGUGGAUCUUAUGGUGCCCCCAGUGAUUCGUAUGGUGCUCCCCUAGGUAGAAAGUAAAUUAUCUAAUUUAUUCGUGUGUAGUGUGUAGGUAUUGCUAGAUCAGAAAAAAAUAAAUUUGUCACCGUGAA